AUGGCUACUACCGAGCCCUUACUCACAGAACCCAGCAGUCUCCUCCCGCUUGACACUAAGCUCGCGGGGAAUACAGUCUCUGACCCACUUGAGCAUGACGGGGAACACGGUCUCGAAUUAAGUUCCCGAGAUUCGAAGGUCCAAGCCCAAGUGGCGGUGACGGAUGUAUCUUCAGGUCAAAGCAGUUCGGAGGAAAAUGACCUUAGCCCUCUAAAUCCAGAGCCACUGCCCGUCGUUGAGUCUCCAAUUUCGGACGUGGUUGAUCUUGAUCCUACAGCCAAAUCCCUGCCAACACGGCAAGACUCAGCCUGCUAUUUAGAUGAAAAGUCUGCAGGCGCACCUGUCAUCGAUGACAUCGAGCAUGAAGACUUCAAGGACCUCCCUGGAGCAGCAUCUGCCGACGCGGCCAUACUUGAAAGCCCUACGCCAAAUGUGUCGGCGCUUAUCAUCGACCUCGGUGAUGUUUUGUGCAACUGGACCGCACCAGAAGCGCUGCCAGUCUCGCCAGCAAUGCUUCAUCGGCUCCUCAAGACCCGUUUCUGGCAUGAAUACGACUCAGGUGUGAUCACACAGGAUGAAUGCUACAGCCGUCUUGCCACACAGUACGGGCUUUUGUUAUCUGAUGUGGCAGAGGCGUUCAAGCAAGCCGCGCAAUCUCUCAGUCCUGAUGAAGAGGUCUUUGGCAUGAUCCGAGAUCUGAAAAAGACUUACCGGGGCUCGUUGAAAGUCUACCUGAUGUCAAACAUUCCCUUGCCCGAGUGGAAGGCCUUGGAAAUGGACACACGAUACGAUUGGACCUUGUUCGACGGCUUUUUUAUCUCUGCCCAAGUGGGCAUGUGUAAACCCGAGCUUGGAUUCUUCCGGCAUGUUCUCAGCCAGAUCAACAAGAAGCCGAAGGAUAUCAUUUUCGUGGAUGACAACGCUGAAAACAUCCUCGCAGCUCGAUCGCUGGGCAUCAAAUGCCUCAGACACAAGAAUGCUGAUGGAUUAAGGCAAUUCUUCCACCAUAUUUUCGAUGACGGAGUCGAUCGAGGACGGCAGUGGUUGCAGAGGAACGCGAAGAACAUGUGGUGCGUGACUCCUGAAGGACGGGAAGUGAGAGACAAUUUUGCCCAGCUCUUCUUGUACGAAGCCGCUGGUGAUUUAAACCUUGUCUCUUUGACCUUCUAUGAACGGACAUGGAAUUACUACAUUGAGAAACCCAUCGAUACCGUGGAAAAGCACCCCGACGAUAUCGAUACCACUUCGUUGGCGAUGAUCCUCCUGCCUCACGACGUCGAAAAAGCUUACUCAAUCCUCGAUGAAGUCUUGUUGUAUACUAACAGAGACGGUAUUAUUCUGACAUAUUUCGACAACAAACGCCCCCGCAUCGAUCCCGCUGUUUGUGUCAAUGCCCUUCGCUUCUUCUACAAGUAUGGGCGAGACGACCUGCCAGCAUUGCAGCCCACAAAAGCUUGGGUUUCAGACGUCCUGUUCUACCGAGCAUACCUUGAUGGAACGUAUUACUACCCCAGUGGAGACGUCUUCUUGUACCUAUUCAGCCGCCUCCUCAGCGCAAAUCCCGAGAGCGACAUUUACCGCAGCACUUGCGCUCUUCUACGCGAACGAUUGCAAGAACGAAUAGGCUCACCGGGAGAUGCGGUGGAGCUGGCUAUGCGAGUCAUUGCGUGUCUUGACAUGGGUCUCAAGAAUGAUGUUGACCUGAAGAAGCUGGAAGCACUACAGGAAGAAGAUGGCGGGUGGCCGAUUGGCUGGCUUUGCCAGACGGGGAAGAUCAGUCUGAAGAUUGGGAGUCGAGGUGUCGCGACGGCAUUGGCGGUCAAAGCCAUUGAGAUGGCGCGGAAAUAUUGA